UCGAGUGCCUUAUCGCAACUACAUCAAAUUUGCCAGCCCCCGACAACCCAAUUUGCCAGCCCCUCACUCUUUACCGCCGACCCAACGUCCUUUGUUUAAUUUGAGGAUUGCUAAAAAUCUCAAGUCAAGCGCUGGGUUCAGUGACAUAAAGUGUCAGUGCCGGAAUAUACAGCGGAUCCAGAGCCACACUUUUUAAAGAUCUUCUCAAAAUAACUGCAGAACCAGUGUUUGCUUCUAUCCAGCACCAAACAAGCACUUACCAUAUUGAACAACUCAUGGUGAACAGAUACUACUGCACGUUACAGCCUACUACAAACCCAGCUGAUCCGAUUCGAGUCACGACCCCCACACAUCCAUCCCCAACCGUAUAAUCAACUAACUCACGCUCAAAUUAACCCGCCAGCAGCACCACCGAAAAUACACAGCUCAACACCUAACUUCAACCUUUUUCCCAAAACCCCUGUUCUUCAAUUUAUCAAAUCAGCACCCGUUUGUCCGGUCGCUCGAUCUAUUGCAGUGAAGUUGGUGUUUUGUGUGGACUUUUGAGCCAUAGCAGGUGUUCAUAGUUGCUGUUUUAGAGGAAAAACAAACAUACUUCUAUCGCAGUUCAAAUUAUCCUUUAUCUCAUUAUCAUUAUCAUUUGGUAUAUGCUUUGGCGGCCAUAUAAACAGGCAAUUAUAAGAACAGCAGUGGUACACGUGGCUGCAACGGAACAAGCAUGAAGUGGAUGAUUUCGUUAUCUUACUGCAUACCAUGUCCAGCACAACUGCAACUGCAGCUACUUCUAAUCAUCGCCCAAACUCUGCUCUGCUCUGCUUCAGGUUUCUUCUCGAUCAUGUUGAUCACAAUUUCCUCAGGAGCACUUUCGACCUCACCCUCCUUGUCCCCCACUGGGGUGAUGUCCAUGAGGUGGCGGGGGACGAGCGAGGAGGUCGUGGCCUUGGGUGGGGACAGGGUGCAGUUGUCCUGUGUCCACGGCAGUACUGGCGCGGGUGGGGAUCACUCAGCGGUGGUUUCUGAGGGGGCAGCAGAAUACAAAGAAGCACCAGCGAUGGUGUCUUAUGGGUGGGAGGGUCCAUGGGGUCCAAUUUUACCACCAGACAGAUACGAGGAAGACAUAGAGACCUCAAAGGGGGGACUUCAUCACCAACCACGCUUCUCAGUGGAGGUGUGUGCAACGCCAUCAUCCGCAUCCAAGCAAUGCCCCCAGUUGACCAUCUUCCCCGUUGGAAGGGGGGACUCCGGCAUGUACACUUGCAUGGCCACAUUACUACGUCACACAUCAGCUCCACCACUAAAUAGACGACGACAGGGAAAAGAGCAGGACUGGGGAGAGGGAAGUGAAGCAGAGAAGGGGAGGGAGGGGCCGAUCAUCCGCUACUACCCUGUCCACAAAGUCAACCUCCUAGUUUACGAUCUGCCUCUGUUCUCCACCGGGAAGGAGAGGGAAGUGACCCUUCUCACUGGAACACACUCUCUAAUCCCCUGCCACGCCCACAUGCCAAAAACAACAACAACAACAACAGCAACAAGAACUACAAGUUCAACUAUGACAGAAGAGUCAGCAGACAUCAGACACAGCAGCAGUAGUAACAGUAGUAACAGUAGCAGAAGGGGUGAUGGUUCAGUCCCUGUCUCCUGGUCCAAAGUGGGAGCCCUUCUAGAUCCUCUCAGAGUUUGGACGACUGAGGAUGGGUCUCUGUCUAUCCGGAAUGUGAGCAAACAGACAGCAGGCACUUACAUAUGCACAGCCUAUCUCUACUCCGCCGUCCAAAACCCCCCACCCACACCCUACAACAGCAGCAUCAACAACAACAUAACAGAGAGAGGGGGAGGAAAAAGGGGGUGGGUUGUUGCCAAGAGUGAGUCAGUGGUGCAUCUGGUGGUGAAGGACUCCAUGGCGUUCAGAGUGGAGCCGAAGGAUGAGGAGGUGGGGGUGGGUGAGGAUGCUCUGUUCCACUGUGCCGCAGACAACUCAUCUGUCAUAUUCUGGGAGCUGCACCCAAAGGAUGGUGAGCCAGAGAUCCUGUUUCCCCUGCAGGUGGAGGACAGACAGGGACUGCACAUGGGCGUCUACCCCAACAACAGCCUCUACAUCAGGGGACUCCUCAGGGGGCAGAGACAGGGGGAGAUCACAGAUGGACUUAUGCACCUCAUGGGGGUGACGUGUGUGGCAGAUUCACACAGGGCGCACGCCAAACUAAUAGUCAAAGGUUUCUUCUCGAUCAUCUUGAUCACAAUUUCCUCGGGAGCACUUUCUACCUAUCCCUCUUCGUCGCCCAGUGGGGUGAUGUCCAUGAGGUGGCGGGGAACAAGCGAGGAGGUUGUAGCCUUGGGUGGGGACAGGGUGCAGUUGACCUGUGCCCACGGCAGUACUGGCGCGGGUGGGGAUCACUCAGCGGUGGUCUCUGGGGGGUCAGCAGCAUACAAAGAAGCAUCAGCUUCAGGGGACUCAGUGAUGGUGUCUUAUGGGUGGGAGGGUCCAGGGGGUCCAAUUUUACCACCAGACAGAUACGAGGAAGACAUAGAGACCACAAAGGGGGGACAUCAUCACCACCCGCGCUUCUCAGUGGAGGUGUGUGCAACGCCAUCAUCCGCAUCCAAGCAAUGCCCCCAGUUGACCAUCUUCCCCGUUGGAAGGGGGGACUCCGGCAUCUACACUUGCAUGGCCACAUUACUACGUCACACAUCAGCACCACCACUCAGUAGACGACGACAGGGAAAAGAGCAGGACUGGGGAGAGGGAAGUGGAGCAGAGAAGGGGAGGGAGGGGCCGAUCAUCAGCUACUACCCUGUCCACAAAGUCAGCCUCCUAGUUUACGAUCUGCCUCUGUUCUCCACCGGGAAGGAGAGGGAAGUGACCCUUCUCACUGGAACACACUCUCUAAUUCUCUGCCACGCCCACAUGCCAAAAACAACAACAACAGCAACAACUACAAGUUCAACUAUGACAGAAGAGUCAGCAGACAUCAGACACAGCAGCAGUAGUAACAGUAGUAACAGUAGCAGAAGGGGUGAUGGUUCAGUCCAUGUCUCCUGGUCCAAAGUGGGAGCCCCUCUAGAUCCUCUCAGAGCUUGGACGACUGAGGAUGGGUCUCUGUCUAUCCGGAAUGUGAGCAAACAGACAGCAGGCACUUACAUAUGCACAGCCUAUCUCUACUCCGCCGUCCAAAACCCCCCACCGACACCCUACAACAGCAGCAUCAACAACAACAUAACAGAGAGAGGGGGAGGAAAAAGGGGGUGGGUUGUUGCCAAGAGUGAGUCAGUGGUGCAUCUGGUGGUGAAGGACUCCAUGGCGUUCAGAGUGGAGCCGAAGGAUGAGGAGGUGGGGGUGGGUGAGGAUGCUCUGUUCCACUGUGCCGCAGACAACUCCUCUGUCAUAUUCUGGGAGCUGCACCCAAAGGAUGGUGAGCCAGAGAUCCUGUUUCCCCUGCAGGUGGAUGACAGACAGGGACUGUACAUGGGCGUCUAUCCCAACAACAGCCUCUACAUCAGGGGACUCCUGAGGGGGCAGAGACAGGGGGAGAUCACAGAUGGACUUAUGCACCUCAUGGGGGUGACGUGUGUGGCAGAUUCACACAGGGCGCACGCCAAACUAAUAGUCAAAGACUACCCCGGUUGUAAGGUGCCAUUGUUCAGACGCACCCCUAAUGACGUCACAGUGUUCUCCCCCUCGUCAAAUGCACAUUUGGAGGGGGAGGCUACAAUGAAGGGGGUGGUGGUGUUGUUGGAGUGCAGUGUGGAGAAUGUGGACAGAAAAGAGCACAGGGUGCACUGGUUCUUCCGGGCUAGCACUGGACUCAACUACGACCUCGUCCAGUCAUCCGACAGGCGAAUGAUUCUUCCCUCGGGCCACCUUCAGAUUCUGUUCGCGCGAGACGACGACCAUCGGCAACCACAAGAGACGGACGCAGGGGAGUAUAGGUGUGAAGUGUUCUGCCGCGGAAAGAUCCAGGAUUCGGCAACAGCUACCGUUCGAUUCAUCACCCAGUACAACAAUAACAACAACACCUCAAUACUGGAGAAGAGGACUAAGUUGGGAGCAUCAAUGCAGCUGAUGGCCAGUUACCUGCAGAUAGCCCCGUUCGUGGAGCGGAUUAACUCCUCGGAAGCACAGCUGUCUUGGCUGUCCAACUACCCUCAUCACUCUAUUUGUGGAGUGCUCGAGUUUUACUGCAGAGAUGGAAGAAUGGCCAAGUGGAACAAAUCUAUGGCCUGUCAUGUCCAGACCCCCCUCCGUCCACACUCUGUCACAAUAGGGGGAUUGAGUGCAGGCACAGAAUGUAUGGCAGCUGUCAGGGCAUAUAGUCUUCAGUAUAACAUAACAGCCCCUCUCAGUCCAAUUACCUUCUUCACAACAACCCCCAGCAUAUUCGGGAUCAACGAAUCCGCCUCUGCCGAUGAUGCUGAUGGCGUGGAGCAUGGGAAGGUGAAGGGUGAGAGAGGCCACAUACAUGGUGAGCUCAUGAGUCAUGUAGUGUCCUUCUCACAAGUGCAGUUACACUGGACCAUACAUCCACAACAAAACUUCAAGGGCUUCGAUGUCAAAUGCAACUACAACUUGAACCAGACAUUGAGGGAACUGAAGUGGAGGACUCCUGAUGGAUCAUGGCGCAGUUGGCGACUGGGAAAUCUGAAUGCAUCCACGUUCUACGAGUGCUUCGUAGUGGGCCACACACUCAAGGGCACAAGUAUGGUUACCCAAGUUGUCAUAUUCGAUACAGUGGCCCAGCCUCCACCUAGCCCCCCUCGGAAUCUGCUGGCAUCAGCAACACCCCAUGUGCCCUCGUCGGUGGUGAUCACGUGGGACGAGCCUCAAGUGGGACCCCUAGAAGGACUCAUCACAGGCUACCAGGUGUGGUACUCCAGUGGCCACGACCUCACCCAGCAGAAAAUAAUCCAACUAGGUCCAGAAACCACUGAGGUCUCCCUGCCCCUGGUUGCUUCCACUGAGCACUCUCAGAUAAGAGUGGAGGUGGCAGCCUUGUCUGGUCUAGUUUUGGGACACAGGUCAGACCCUGUCCUCGUCCAACUAACUGACCCACUGCUCCAGCCUCAAUCGGGACCCUCCUCCUUCCCUCUUUCCCUGAUGAGGAAUCCCUGGCUGCUGGUCUCUGUGGGGGUGCUGCUGUGGCUGCUGUUGUUGUCCUUUUGUGUCUUCAUAAUUAGGAGAUGCCACCUGUCUCGCAAAUUAUCCCACUCAGGUCAUCCCAACUCGCAGUGGUUUACGAUGGAAGACGCAUUUCGACAGGGGGUCUACCCAGGGGACAACUACGACCACCCCCGCAACCACCAGCAGGUCACGAACAGAGGCGGAGGUUACUCUCGGAGCGGCACAGCACAAAACUGUAUGGCGCCCAACGAGCACUCCCAAUUGCAUCCUUGUCAUCAUCAUCAUUAUCAUCAGCAUCAUCAUCCCUAUCAGGCGGGGGAAAAUGAGACCAGCUGUAAUCCAAGGGAACCUCAGAGGCAGUCUGGGUUGGGGCAGCUGGAAUGCAGUAGUCGGUCUGUGCCCAACUUAGUCUGCUCAUCCGAUGUCGGCAGCAGCGAAGAAAGGUACGAGGAGAUCUCAAAUGGCAAUGCAUGGGUAAGAGAGGUCAGACAGAACAAGGAUGCGUCUCAACAGGGGCGCCACAUUACCACAUCUCGCAGCAGUCAACAGUGCUGUGGUGACCCCCCAGGGACACUGAGUGGCUCGUACUAUGUGCCCCACUAUGACGUGUAUGAUGCUGCGGCUGGAAGGGAUAGUGGAGACGGCGACAGUUCCAGCGAUCCUUGCAAUCUGUACGAAAGAGCCACUUCGCCUGUUGCCUGUGGUAUGUCUCCGCCGCUCCAAGACACCUCAUCAUCCGCAUCUCCCAACACCGCCAAUAUCCCAAAAACCACAAGCGUGAAUUCUUAUCCAGUGCAACCGCCCUCUGCAUCCACUGCCACAACAACAGCAGCCGCAACAACAGUCCAACUGAGACCCAAAAUGGGCAGCCACGCCCUCAUGCAACCACGUCGCACCACAUCCAUCCACGGCCACAUGGGCCUCCUUCCUCCCCCUCCCCCUCCCCCUUCUCACACUCACAAGGACUCUAGACGAGACCCUAAUCAUGACCACAUCAGGGUCCCACCCCACAAUGCAGUCACAAUGCUGCCCCGCACAAGCACCAUCAUGCCACUGGUGCAGACAUCAGCAUUAUUCCUCCCCCCAUCCAAUGAGGACAACUGCCGGCACACCCCCACCCGCCUAUCGAAAUUCAAAUCAUCCACCUCCUCCCAACCCCCUCCUCUCACUCCCCACCCCUCGUCAUACACGUCACCACUGUCAAUGGUUAGUACGUACACCAACGCCACCGCCACUGGAACCAAUCCUGACAGCAUCAGCAGCAGAAAGCUAAACAGGCGCGGCGAGUUUAACAGAAGUACCACAGACGACAGCAUUCCUGCGGCCUCUCUUUACUCUCAAGUUCAAACCGUCUACUAUCACGAGUUGGAUCCCUGCAGAAUAAGCAAGUCCCCCCUAGGAGACGACACUUACUCAGAAGGGGAGUGCACAGUGACUGAUGCCUAUGAGGAACUGCCCAGCUUCUCCGGCAACAGUGUGGGGGACCGAGAGGGAUCUCUUUCGGACAUCAAUCACAGACCACAGUCCAUAUACAGCACAUGCUGAUCGGCACAAACAAUUGUGCUAAAAAGACAAUUGAAUCCAGUUCCCCACCCCCGACAGACACUCCAAACUCAAAAGUAGGAGCAAACGAAACAAAUCAAAUGUCAACACGAAGGAAAGUGUGGAAUUGCUGCGGCAAUACCUACUAG